AUGAAGGCUGGUGUGCCGUGCAUCUACACUGAUCGAUCCAAAGAGCCCACAUAUAGAAAAGAGGUUGUGGAGAGGUUAGAGCGCCGAUUAAAACAAUGCGAGGCGACAAAUCGUGCUCUAGCUUCGAGACUGGCCAGUGCGAACAGCCAACUUGCUGCUGUAACAACAAACGACGCUGCCGGCGAGGACCAGGCUAGUAAUUCAAACAUACCUGCUCAAGAGCAACAGCACCAGUCGCGAGCGGAAAGCGACAAUGAGGUCACGGAUGAGGUUUCUUUUCUGUCCUUGACAGCCGGGGGGGAAAGACAGUUCCUCGGAUCGGGUAGCGGAGUGCUGUUUGCUAAUCUCGUUCGAGCGACAGUGGAAGCGAAUUCUGCGCCCACCUCCUCAAUUGCUCUCAAGGCCAAGGAAUUCCAGCGGAGCUCACCUUACCCUGUCAAUGGCCAUUCCUUGUCCCUUACACCGGUACCAAAGACGGAUCUUUCUCAGAUACCCCCCGAACAGUUCGCUCGAGACUUACAUCAUGCCUACUUCGAACAUGACCACCUUUGCUACCCCUUCCUUCAUAGACCGACCGUUCUAACCGCAUUCGAAAAUAUCUAUUCAGAUCCCCCGUUCCUUGAUCAUGACCACUACGCUGCAUUUGUAUACUAUAUGAUUCUUGCUAUAUCCUCUGUUGAUUUUCACAAAUUCGAUUGGCAAACUCGCCCUGAUGCUGAGAAUUUCCACGCUAUUGCGUUAGCUAGGCUUAAUGAAGUUUUGCAGCUUGGUGGGAUAAAAGCUCUGCAAUCAAUUCUUUUACUUGUACAAUAUCGAAUGAGGAGUUCGAUACAGGACACGUCUGCAAGCAUGUGGCAUUUGGUUGGCGUUGCUGCACGCGUGUGCUUCGAAUUCGGGCUACACCGUGAGCUUAUCUAUAAGGUUCGGCAGGCUCCCGAUGAGACAACGUUAAGUGCAACAGACCAAUUCAUUCGUUCAGAGGUGAAUCGUCGAUGUUUUUUCUGUGUUGUUGCUAUGGAUCGCGUGGUGAGCAUUACACUCGGCCGACCGUUUGCAAUCCGACUGGAAGAUAUUGAUGUUGCUCUGCCGGAGUCACAAUUUGAUUUGGAUAUAACUCCACCUGGUGCAAGCUUUUAUCCUUUGACUGGCGAAUCAUUCUCCCGCACGACCCUAUUUAACCAUAUUGUCCGCUAUCGAAUCUUGUGCGGAAAAAUCUUAGCCUCACUGCAUACCGGAAGUCGUUUUCAGCCGAGACUUGAAGAUACAUCGGCUCUAGAAGUUCGUGAAGGCUUAGUUUCAGAACUUAAAGCGUGGCGCCAUGAUACAGCUUCCCUCAGCCUACCCGCUGUCGACCUUUCAAGCGCAAUACCAGGUGACAGGUCUAGCUUUCGAGCCCACGAAUGGUAUGAGAUUCUCUAUCACAACGCGAUCCUAAUGCUUUACCGCCCAUCUCCUGCAUUAUCUGCAUCGUCCACGCAGGUCCCAGUAGCGAUGCAAACCAUAUUUAUGGCCGCAAGACAAUCGAUAAUACUCUACGCGCAUCUGCAUCGGUCGAGGAGAAUCAACUAUACAUGGAUUACUUUACAUGCUGUUUUCAUGGCAGGGCUCUCUUACGUUUACGCUGUUGGUAGACACUUUCGCGCCAAACGUCGGCUUGCAUCUGGGGGAAACGCCACUACAAUGCUCGAUGAGGAUCCAUCUAUUAUCGAAAUUGUUAACGAGACUCGGGCAUGUUCCAAUGUACUUGUCGCCGUUUCGGAACGAUGGUCGGCCUCACGCAAUACACAUGAAGUAUUUCAUCGUUUAAGCGAUGCAGUUCUUGCAGACGCAAUUGAACUUCUAAGCUCACCACCACCUUCAUCAGGAGCUAGUCAGCACCCACAGACCUCACUUCAACUGGGAAAUCUUGGCUCGCCGUCUAGCAUUCACAUGAACGGUAUCAAUAGCCUGGAGAAUAAUGCCACAAGCCCUAAUUUAGAAUCACCUUGGCCUGAGAUGAUAGCAAGUCCACCGUUAGCAGUGGAUUCGGUGCUGAGGGAUUGUUUCCGAGAUCUACAGAACAUUCACGAGCAUGGCUGUGGUGAUGAUCCCAUCGGAAGACUAUCGCAGGACUGGUUAGGGGAAAUUGGUGGGAUGACGCUAGACUCGGUGCCCAUCUGGGGAGAAUAA